CUUUUCCAACUGAUUCUUGUGUCUCUGAUCCGUAUCUUGUUGAUGAAGACACUAUGGUUAUCAUGAAGUUUGAAGGCGAUAUAGGCAGCCAAGAAUGUAGACAAAUGUCGUUCACAACUCCAAAAUCUGCCUUUUAUUCAUACACGUUGUGUAUGAAAGAACUUUACUUCAGUAGCCCACAAUGUCAGAGUAAAGUUUACUUACGUUGGUAUUGGUCUUACUACGACUACGACUACAUCGACAGUUAUGAUUAUUAUAAUAGCAAAGAGAUAUCAGGAGUUGGCUGCUUAUAUGAUGCAAACGGAAUGUUCUCACGGUGUUUAUAUGAUGGUAGCCAUGUUUCAUUUGAGCUGAGAAAAUCAAAGAAAGGGGUUCCAGACAAUGUAAAUGACACUUUCAAGUUUCAAAUUGAAACAAAAUGGGAUUUCAAUUAUGAAAUGAUUGGAGGAAUAUCCGGUGGCAUUGUUGGGAUGUGUAUAUUCACUGGAGUAGGAAUCUAUUUGUGUAUUAAUUGUCACCGCAGGAAACAAGUAACAGGAAGAUACUGCUGCACAUGUCCCACAUAUGUACUCAGUUGCUCGAAGUCCAUGAAAGAGGGAAUAUCACAAGGUUUCUCGGCAGAAUUAGCUGGAGCUGGUAUAUUGUUGUGUUCCUGUGUAAUUUGUAGACGACAAAAUUGUAAACAACAGGAACAAGAUCAGUGCGAAAAAGUUACUAUGGAAACUGAUUGCACCUCAACUGAUUCAGAGAACAAAGGGGAAGCCGUCACGGGGGAAACCGUUACGGGCUUUAAAGAUCAAGACACAGCGCCAUUGUGUGACAGUUAAAACGGCAGAUAUUUGAGGAUAUAUAGAAGAAAAAAAAACAUGCUUAGAUAAGAAAUCAAUAAUUAUAGCUCUGUAUUUUGUAUAUUUUAUAAAACAGUACAUUGCACCUUUAUAAAUGCUUAUUAACAUCUCAGAAAUUUAAAAUUUAAAUUGAUUUAAGAUAACUGCUGUGGUAAAGUGUUUUUAUUGUUGAUAAGACUGUGUUUGAAUAAUCAUACGUAUACUUUGCAUUUUUUAAAGAAAAACAGUACAUGUACUAUUAACCAAGGACUAACUUUAUUUUGAAUAUACAAUUCAAACGACAUGCCGUCUCGUUUUGCCUUAUUUACCUUCGAGUAGCAGAAUGGGGUUCUGCUUAAUUGUUACAAAUGUAUUACAUGAUAGUCAAUGAAUUCGAAAUUGUUCAAUGGGAUAAAUAAUACUUGAUACCGAUUAAAAGUUUUACUUUAGCAACGACUAUGUAGAUGCAACGCGCUUUGCGUACACAAUGUAAGUUCAAGUAAAUAAAGAUGAGUUUAUUGGAUAGUCUUUUUAUCAUGUUCUGUUAGCAGCAUCCUAUGCUCUUGAUAGGACAACACAACACUCGGAUAUUGUUUGAAUUAGGAAACCAAUAUCUUAUAUGCAAGAGUAACGAAAUGCUUCUUCGUUAUACAUAGAAAUGUUAAGGGGUUAACAAUUUUGAAACUCAAUUCAUCCUAUCUGUCGUAAUUGUUUGUUCUUCACUGACCCCCGUUGUUGUCCAUUUCGAGAUGAAAGUUAAGAUAUGAGGGAACAUUAUUUAAAUCUGUAAUAUCAGUUAUAUCAAAUUAGAAUUA